GAACCUCCAAAACCCUACCGCCUCCGCCGAUUCUUCGAGCUCGGUCUCUCUCGCCUCCCACGCGCGAUUCGGAGCUCCGGCCAUGGCUGAACCUGAGGCGGCGGCGACGGCGGCGAUGGAAGCCGAGGUGCAGGAGCCGGCUGCGGCGAAUCCUAGCCUGAAGAGGGAGCGGGAGGAAGGGGACGACUCCGCCACCGUCGCUGCUGGCGAUGCGGCGGAGGAGGCGGCGGCUAAGAAGCAGAAGGUGGGAGGGGAAGGGGAGGAGAAGGAGAAGGAGAAGGAGGCGAAGGGAGCGGAGGAUGAGGCGCAGGGGAAGGAAGAGAACGCGAAGGAAGAGGAGGGGAAGCCGGUGAAGCUGGGUCCCAAGGAGUUCGCCACGAGCGUCGAGAUGUUUGACUACUUCUUCGCUCUUCUCCACUCAUGGGCGCCACAGCUUGAUAUCAACAAGUAUGAGCAUAUGGUGUUGGAAGACUUGCUGAAAAAAGGCCAUGCUGAGUCUGAUAGGAAAAUUGGGCCAGGAGUUGAAGCGUUUGAGAUCCGCAACCACCCGGUGUGGCAGAGCCGUUGUUUCUUCGUCCGACGUGUUGAUGGAUCUUCUGAUGACUUUAGCUUCCGUAAGUGUGUUGACAACAUACUUCCUCUCCCAGAGGACAUGAAGAUCGGCGGCAAGUCCAAUGGUAAGAAGGCUGGCGGCUACCGCGGUGGUGGUAGGGGAGGAGGAGGACGAGGUGGCGGUCGUGGUUUCCGUGGCCGAGGUAGAAGAGGCAACUAAAACUCAAUAGAUCUUCCAAAAUUUUGCAUGUCUGAUGCCGAUCCUUAAGAUUGCGGCAUUCAUGGCAACAUGUUUGUGUGCCUUGUCCUAGACUGAUGCUCCAGUCACUUGUGCACUGUGCAAGUGCAACUAUGAUAAGUUAUCUUCAGGGCAUUCUCUUAUGGUUUGCUUUUGCCGUCUUAUUUUCCGUAUCUCUUAUUAUCUCCUAAGCCGGCGGCCGGUCAGUUGCUCAGUUUU